AUGGUGGAGCAAUCCACGUGCGCGAGAGUUGAGCCAGCUGAAACAGAACGAACCCAUUCUUCUUGUGCAGAAACAAAACAAAAAUCAAUUAAGAAGCCAACGGGGUGGAACUCCUUUAUGCAGUCAGUUGCGCCAGAUUUCAAGGAACAACUUGGAAAGGGGGCGGGAAUCGGGCAGGUUUCCAAAGUGGUUGGCAAUACGUGGAAGAAAUUGCCGACAGACAGACGAAAGGACGGAAAAGAUAAAGCACAGAGCUUGAGGGAAGACCUUGAUAUGGGAAUAGCAGAGAUAAAAAAAUGUCCAACCUGCAGCACCCAGUUCACAAGGGAGAAGGACUUCAAAUACCACCAGAAAGGUUGUCAUGAGUGCAUUUGCGAGGAAUGCAAUGAAUCGUUUGACCAUGAGCAAAAGCUAAAGAGGCAUAAAGACAAGAAACAUAAAGACAGCAACAAGUGUGAUCAUUGUCAAAAGACUUUUCCAGGGAAACGAAAUCUUCUAAGACACCAAAAGUCACAUGUUUAA